AUAACAAAAACAGCUCCUCCAAUAGCAAAACACAGAGAGCUACGUCUAGGCUUGCUUUCGUUAUACGAAUAAAUUAUGGCGACUCGGCUCUUAUCUUUUACACUCUUCUCUUCCUCUAAACCUCAGGUGCCAUUAGCAACUCUGUCUCAUAUCCUGUUCGGAGGUCACCAUGGACGCUUCAGUACUCAAGUGGAAAAGAUACGUUGGAAUCAUGUGGGAGAGUCAUCAAAUAGGAACCUGAUUUACAGAUUUAGAACUUUUUGUGCUAGCAGAGAUCUGGCUGCUAAGAAGUGUGUGCCAUGCAACUCAAAGGAUCUGCAAGCCAUGACUGAAGAAAGUGCAACUGAAUUUCUGUUGAAGGUUGCUGGGUGGAAUUUGGUGAAUGAAAAUGGUACACUAAAGCUGAAUCGUUCAUGGAAAGUAAAGAGUUUUACUAAAGGGCUGGAACUGUUCCAGCUUGUUGGGAACGUUGCUGAAACGGAAGGUCAUCAUCCAGAUCUUCAUCUGGUUGGAUGGAACAAUAUAACAAUUGAGAUAUGGACUCAUGCAGUGGGUGGACUAACGGAAAAUGACUUCAUACUUGCUGCUAAGAUAAAUGGGCUUAACCUGCAUCACCUACUGAGAAAGAAUGCUUCUGCUUGAGUUGUAAAUACAACUGAGACUUCAGGUUUUUCGUUAAUAGUCUUAUCUGAAGAUGUUAGGAAAGCCUUUUUUUUCUGGGUUUCUGUUAAGAGAUUUUAAGUUUUGAAUCUAGCUCUGCAUAACUGGUGACAUAGAGGUUUUGCAAACAUAUAUCGUGGUAGUUGUAUACACAAUCUUAAAGAUAAAGAUGACUGAGUUGUAUAAGAGGUUUGCAACUUCAGGGUUUGUCAGUGGGAUUCAUCGCGCUUUUGCUA